AAGCAGAAAUGGAGAAAGUACAAACAUUCCUGUAGAUCUUCUCCACUCUAUUUUUCAUCUUUUCACUCAGAUCCUAGGGAAGUUUCUUAACAAUUUCCUGAAAUAAUGUGGUGACUGAAAACAUGUUUGAAUUUUUGGUUGGUGCUGCAGUCUCAAAAUAGCUUUAAUUAUGUGUCAGAAACCCGGUGUGUUCAGUUCUCUAAAAAUAUAAUAAAACAAGGUAAUGUGAUUUUGCUUUCUGAAAUGCACUAUUUAAAGUCUCAAUUAAGACAUAAUCAUGCUUCCCUUGAUGUCAGUGGCUCUAGAAGAUCAAACCCCUGCUGAGAACUGGUGAAAUGAUCUAUCUUUUUAUCCCUAGGGCUGCUUAUAUUUUUUUCAAGACGCUCUGAUUAAUAUAGUUAGGAAGAAAACUUGCCUGCUGUUUCUUCUCUCUAUUGAAGACUGUAACUGUUAUGUUGGUAAACUGUUAUGAAGCUGCAGAAGACGUUUUUGUUCUGUUUCCUUUCUCCCUAUCCUGUUCUUUGUAUAUACACUAUUUUGUUCUUUUGCACUGAAAGUAGUGAUGGAACUUACGGAACUUACGAAACUUGGGCUUAUUUCCUGGUACACAUCUGUACUGUACAAACAAACUUCUUAAAUUGGGUUACUGAGAAGGACACUAAACUUUGUAAACUUGCCAGUCUAUCUGUAAGAACAGUAAUGAGCUCAAAGCAAAGCUUUGUUUUCAAUUGACGCAUGGAGGGUCAGUUCACAUGUAAUCCCACUGUGUGUGAUUUGAACAAAAGCAUGUCUUUCUGUCCAUUAUUGCCUGAAUGACUCAUGGAGUAGGAUACAACUGUAGACAGUACUUUUGAAGAAUUUGGCAUCAGAAGGUGUCACCUUCAUUGGACCUGACACACAUGCUAUUCAAGCUAUGGGAGACAAGAUUGAAAGCAAAUUGUUAGCCAAGAAUGCAAAGGUCAACACGAUCCCUGGCUUUGAUGGAGUAGUCAAGGAUGCAGAUGAAGCUGUCAGAAUUGCAAGGGAAAUUGGCUACCCUGUCAUGAUCAAGGCCUCAGCAGGUGGUGGUGGGAAAGGCAUGAGAAUCGCUUGGGAUGAUGAAGAGACCAGGGAAGGUUUUCGGUUUUCAUCUCAAGAAGCUGCUUCAAGUUUUGGUGAUGAUCGCUUACUGAUAGAAAAGUUCAUUGAUAACCCUCGUCACAUAGAAAUCCAGGUUUUGGCAGAUAAACAUGGCAAUGCCUUGUGGUUGAAUGAAAGAGAAUGCUCCAUUCAAAGGAGAAACCAGAAGGUUGUGGAGGAAGCACCAAGCACUUUUCUAGACCCUGAAACUCGAAGAGCAAUGGGAGAACAAGCAGUAGCUCUUGCCAAAGCAGUAAAGUAUUCCUCUGCUGGAACAGUAGAAUUCCUUGUAGACUCCAGUAAGAAUUUCUACUUCUUGGAAAUGAAUACUAGACUUCAGGUUGAACAUCCCGUCACAGAAUGCAUUACCGGCCUGGACUUAGUCCAAGAAAUGAUCCGUGUUGCCAAGGGUUACCCUCUCAGGCACAAACAGGCUGAUAUUCCCAUCAACGGCUGGGCGGUUGAAUGUCGAGUUUAUGCUGAGGACCCCUACAAAUCUUUUGGCCUACCAUCCAUUGGUAAACUGUCUCAGUAUCAGGAACCAUUGCAUGUGCCAAGUGUGCGUGUUGACAGUGGCAUACAACAAGGAAGUGACAUUAGCAUCUAUUAUGAUCCCAUGAUCUCAAAACUGAUUACCUAUGGCUCUAAUAGAGCCGAAGCACUGAAAAGAAUGGAAGAGGCUUUGGACAACUAUGUAAUUCGAGGUGUGGCUCACAAUAUUUCUUUACUGCGAGAAGUGAUCGUCCAUCCACGCUUUGUUCAAGGAGACAUCAGCACUAAAUUCCUUCCUGAAGUUUACCCUGAUGGUUUUAAAGGACACAAGUUGACAGAUCUUGAAAGAAGACAACUACUGGCAACAGCAGCAUCUUUGUAUGUGGCUGAGCAACUGAGAUCACAGCGAUUUUUAGGGACUCCAAGAAUUCCUAUUGCUAAAUCAAAGAGAAGUAGCUGGGAGCUCUCUGUGCAUCUAGGAGAUGGAAUUUACCCAGUUGCAGUUUCAAAGCAUGGCUCAUCAUUUUCUGUGGAAGUUGAUGGGAUGAAACUAAAUGUGACCAGCGAGUGGAACCUGGCUUCACCCUUGUUGUCUGUCACCAUUGAUGGCACUCAGAGGACCAUACAGCGGAUUUCUCGGAAUGCCUCUGGAGAGACCAGCAUUCAGUUUCUAGGCACAGUGUACAAAUUGCAAAUCCUGACGAAGGUUGCUGCGGAGCUGAGCAAGUACAUGCCAGAGAAAGCAGCAGAGGACACCUCCAGCAUUUUGAGAUCUCCCAUGCCUGGAACAGUGGUGGCAGUUUCUGUCAAGCCUGGGGACAUGGUUUCGGAAGGUCAAGAGAUUUGUGUAAUUGAAGCAAUGAAAAUGCAGAACAGUAUGAUUGCUGCUAAAACAGGCAAGGUAAAAGCUGUCCACUGCAAAGCUGGGGACACCGUUGGAGAAGAAGAUCUGCUGGUGGAACUGGAAUGAAAGGUUGCCUCCACACUGUUGAAUUAACUAAGCCUUUAUUAUUUUUAUCUGUAAAGUAACAUUAAGACAAUUCAACACAGAAAACAGACAGUACUCUGCACAAGAUUUUAUACAGGCAUAUUUACUGUAUCAGUGGUUAAGACAGCAAACACAGAUGUUAAAUCUUGGCAACAGAUCCCAGAUUUUUACUUCCAGAAAUACUUGUACAUAACCUUUGUAAUGCUUUGAUUUUUCAGGAUCAAAUAAAAUCAAUAAAAUACCAUUUCUGCUUUGAAACAGGAAAAGCCUCUUUUAUAAAAAAGAAGAAAACACAACAAAAGCCAAAAUCUGAUUUGUCUUCUCCACAGCAAUGUCCCUGGUUUGAGGCCCCAGUCAGGCUUUACAGAAUGGCUGCAAAGAAUGAAAAAUUAACCACUGAGCAGUUCUCCUUUACUCUGUAUAAGUGCUGCA